AUGCACCAAUCGCGCCAACGGAUCAGAAAAGUGAAAUUAUCACCAUUGGUGCAAUUGGUGCACUUUUCAGCAUUGGUAAAAAAUUGUACCAAUCAUAUAAAUUGCACUAAUUACAACAAUCACACCAAUGCAUCAGAAAAAUAUAAUUGGCGCAAUUGGUGUGACUGGUGCAAUUUUCGAAAUCGGUGCAUUUGGUGCAAUGUCACCAUGUCCACCAAUCACACCAUCCAGAAUUCAUUAUCAAAUCAACACCACAACCAUAUUACAAUAA